AUGACGACUUCUCCCCAGAAAUUGGUCCUGCUUGCCUGUGGAUCAUACAAUCCGGUCACUAAUAUGCACUUGAGAAUGUUCGAGAUUGCUCGUGAUGCUUUAAAUAAAACAGGGAGAUACCAGGUUGUAUCUGGAAUAAUGUCACCUGUCAGUGACGGCUAUGAAAAAAAGGAUCUUGUACCCGCUACACACAGAUGUGAGAUGUUAAAAGCAGCUUUAAAAUCAUCAGACUGGCUUAUGAUGGAUACAUGGGAAUGCAAUCAAAGUUCGUGGACUCCAACAGCCAAAGUGCUGCGUCAUCAUAAACAACAAAUAGAAUCACGGCAUAACUCUCCUUCUGUCAAGCCUUCAGAGUCAAAACGGCGAAAGAAACACAGCUCAGUAUGUGACUUACGAGAGAAUCUAGUAAAAUACGUAGAUGGAGAUGAGACUCAUGUGCCAAGUGUCAAGCUGUUGUGUGGAGGAGAUCUGCUCGAAUCAUUUGCUGUCCCGGGUUUAUGGAAAGAGGAAGAUAUAGAGUACAUAGUCGGGAAACAUGGUCUAGUGGUAAUAACCAGAUAUGGUUCGGAUCCACUCAAGUUUAUUUAUGAGUCAGACAUUUUAACCAAACAUAAAGAAAACAUAUUUAUAGUAACUGAGUGGAUUUACAAUGAUAUCAGCUCUACAAAAAUUAGGAGGGCUUUACGGCGAGGUGAAAGUGUGAAAUACUUAGUCCAGGACUCAGUUGUGUCUUACAUCCGAGAUCACCAACUGUAUGGAGCCACAAAGUGA